GACCACGUUUGCUGAUAUCGUGAAUUGUGUGUGUGGGUGGGUUAUGCUAAGAAAACUACACUUUUAUGAUCUAUUUUUUCGUUCUUAUAUUUCACAUACGAGAUUUUUAUUCAGUUAUUCUACUCGAUUGAGUCUUGAUAGUAGAUGCUACUUCUCCCUUCAUCCUGAGAAUGUCAUUCUACCGGGACGGCCCAGAGAAGCCCAAGAUAAAUGGCAUUCACCCGGUCCGGAGCCAGGGUGAAAUAUGUGAAUUUAAAACUUACCACGAAACUAUCAAAAAUGGCCAAAGUUCGACUGAGUCUACAUCGGAUGCUUUUGGUUUAAACAAUUCUCGCGGCGAGGAUGGCACUUAUGCCUUGGUUAUCAGAAGGAAGUUCGAAGAACAUAAACCAAUCAAGACAACAUUGCAAGUCAAUUCCCCUCAUAUCCAGAAAGCGUUUCGUGAUGUGGUUAAAUCAUACAUUGCUGUUCCGUCGGACUUCACCUCUUCUUUGGAACUGCAUGGUCCAUUUGAAAUGUUAGUUCACCAUUGGGAUGAUCUCAAUAAAUAUCGAUGCUCGACGGAUGAGGCCGUCGCACGGGAACAUCUAGAUCUUCUUUUCGGGUUCAUGGAGCAUGAAAUCAAGCCUACUCGCGAGAGGGCUCUUAAGAUGAUAGAAAAGCAACAGAUUGCUUACGAGAAUGCAUGGGUUAUAUAUCGUCCUGGCGACGUCAUGUAUACUGAAGUUAAUGGUCAUCCAUGGCUUUUGGUAUGCACGAAGACGGCAUACGAGGAGAAUAUGGAUAUUGGACCAUAUCUUGAGGUCCACUGCUCUUACACGGAUGACAAUGGCAUGGUAGUUGGCCAGGCUACACAUGUUGUCAGUAUGAAUCAGAGGACUAAAUUCCCCGCCGGAAAUCCUGUUUCUAUCACGGACUUAGAUAUCUAUCCUCGUGAAUUUGUUGAGGAGGAGGAGGAUAGCCUCGAAUACCGCCUUAAGGUGCGUGGCGAGAAAUUUCUGUCCCUAAAGGAUCUUUCAGCUGUGGCUUACGAUGGUCCCGCGGAAUGGCUUAAAGAGCCACCAUUUGAUUUUUACGAUCCGUCAAGGUGUAAAUUCCGCGGCGUGUGGCUCCCUUACACCGAAACAGGAAGGAUAGUCCUGGAUCGAAAGACCUUCGGCCAGGAGCAGCCAUUAGGUAAAGCUCGGGUAAAAGUGGCGUCCCCAGAGCCUGUAUAUUGCCCUCCGUAUACACUUGGUUACUCUCUAGGCCGCAAACAAUGGUGUCGAUUUUUGGUUGAUCACAUCCGUGAAGUCAAUUGGAACCCUAAAGCAUGGGACUCUCUAGUGCUCCCAGAUAAGGAAAAACGUCUUCUCCGGGCUCUGAUCUCGUCACAUGCGUUCACAAAGAAUCCUCGUGAUUUUAUGCAACAAAAAGGCAAAGGCCUCGUGGUCUUGCUCCAUGGCACCCCUGGUUCUGGAAAGACACUCACGGCAGAGACCGCUGCGGAAGGGACAAGGAAAGCUCUUGUUUCGACUUCGGUCGGUGAACUCAGUAAGGGCGGAAAUUUCAUUUCUGGUUCUGCGUCAUUUGAAAGAGAACUGAAAAAAGUCCUCCAGUAUGCUACAAUCUGGCAGGCAGUAGUACUCCUCGACGAAGCGGAUGUAUUUCUUGAAGCUCGAAAGGAUGUAGGAAGUUCUGAACGAAAUGCUCUAGUUGCUGUGUUUUUGAAGGAACUUGAAUAUUUCGGCGGCAUAGUCUUCCUUACAACUAAUCGGGUAAAUUCCUUCGAUAUUGCUAUGAAAUCCAGAAUCCAUCUUUCCCUUAGCUACACGCCACCUGAAAUGGAAGUCCGUCGGAGUAUCUGGCUGCACUGUCUUAGGUCUGUACCUGCGCAUGCUAGGGAGAUGGAUAUACAAAACGCUCUCGGUUUCUUGGCGGAUACUAAGUUGAAUGGAAGAGAGAUAGCGAACGCGGUGAAUACCGCUAGAACGCUAGCUAGGUUUGAUGACGCACCUCUUACGCUUGGUCAUAUAGAAACUGUCUUGGAAGUUAGAAAAGCUUUUGACGAGAGUCUGAAAACUGGCGGGUUGCCUUGAAUGGUCUGAACAUGGUAAUCGGUGAGCACACUGAUGAUAGGUAGGUUGGAGGAUGAUCUUCAUAUGUCAACGCAUUUGUUUCUAUUGCUUACGAACGUUAAUGGUUCAAAGGGGAGGCAAGACUUAAUAGCUACGUUAACCAUGGCAUCGAAGACAAAAACGGAAUGUAUUGGGAAAACAUACUUGGUUUGACCUUGAACCAACCCUUAGAUAGAGAGCAGAUAAGUGAGCCUUGUACCACGCAUUACAUGUCUCUUUUUUAUUCCGGUAGCACUUAAUGAUCACUCAUUUCGAACUAAGAUCGUACUGAUUAAGGUGAAGGUGUGGUG